AACUCCAUAAUCGUCCUUUCUUUAAUGACCGCUCACUUCGAACUCUCACGAGAUUUUGUAUCGAACAUCAUGGCGGACAAAGCGGGAGAUGGGCCAUCCGAAACCCAAAUUGAGCAGGGAAACGUGCAAAUCAGAAAUGAAUCAGAAUCGAAGGAGGAAGGGAAACAGGAUGGAGAAGUCGGUACAGAGGAGGCCAUGGCUGUUGAGGAUGAGGGAACAGAGUCCGAGUGUUACUGUGGUAAAGGCAGAAAUCUGGGAACUGUGGAGAUACAGUGUGGGUUUUGUUUUCGCUGGUUCCACCAGGAGUGUAUAGGCUGCUAUUUGGGGACAGUUAUUCCUUUUAUGACAAAUUAUCAAUUUGCCUGCAGAGGAUGCAGUCCCAACAGUUUAGAAAAUUUUACAAAGAAAGUAUCAAGUUUUUCUCAGAUCUGUUAUACUGCCAUAGCUAAUCUCAACCACCAGACGCAACUCAGUGGAGAAAGCAGACCCAUGUUCUCCCGAGACAGGGAGAUAAUUCCAUUCAUCGACAAACAAUGGGAAAAUCUGACCACUCAGAGCAGACGUACUAAACAGACAUGGCAUGCCACAGUUGCCAAAACUCUGUCCAAAGAGACAGAGCUGUUUACUUACAAAGAAGAAGUUUUGGGAGACCCCCAUUUUGGACUCUCCAUACCUGAUCUCUACAAAGUUGGUCCAUUUUGUGAAGUUUUAAAACAGAGUGGUAGUGUACCAUCCAUUGGGAAAAGUGGGGGACUCGGAGAUAGUGGAAAAGGCAGAGGAUACAAAAGAAAGGCACCAGACACAGUACAGAUUCCUGGGGUCAAACAAAAGAGAGGUGACCUAGGGCCUACUACGAAGUUAGCGCCUCAUGGUUACCCACUAGAACACCCAUUCAACAAGGACGGAUACCGUUACAUAUUGGCAGAAUCCGACCCCCACGCUCCAAACAGACAGGCGUUUGACGAGAGUUUGGACUGGGCAGGGAAGCCUAUCCCGGGUUACCUCUACAGGACCUUUCUGGGGACAGACGUGCUCUUUGCAUUGAAUGACAGAGCUCCGCAGUUGAAGAUUUCUGACGACCGACUCAGUGUGAUGGGAGAGAAAGGAUACAGCAUGGUUCGAGCCACCCACGGGGUGAGAAGAGGAGCGUGGUAUUAUGAGGCUCACAUCGACGAGAUGCCUCAAGAUUCCGCUGCCAGACUGGGAUGGUCACAAUGUCUAGGUAACUUACAGGCCCCCUGUGGGUACGAUAAGUUCAGCUACUCCUUUCGUUCACGGCGAGGAACUAGGUUCCAUCAAAGUCGAGGGAAGCAUUACUGUGAUGGGGGAUACACUGAGGGGGACGUCAUCGGGUUCUUCAUCCAUCUACCGGAGCCAGACAACCCCUGCAAACUCCUGCCCAACACAUUUAAAGACAGGCCAUUAGUGAAGUUCAAGAGUCACCUUUACUAUGAAGAGAAAGACCUUGUGGCUGAGACAGAGAAAUCCCUGAAACCACUCAUUGGAUCUCAGAUUAUUAUGUACAAAAAUGGAACGUCACAGGGACUAGCUUAUGAGGACAUUUUCGAGGGCGUCUACUAUCCUGCUGCAUCGUUGUACAAGAAUGCCAAGGUGACCUUGAAUUUUGGACCAGAAUUCAAGUGUCCUCCAGAGGGCCUCAAGGACUUCAGACCAAUGUCGGAUGCUGCCUCCCAAACAAUGGUGGAAUAUGCUCUUGCAGACAUUAUAUACCACGUAGAGAAUGAAGGAAAACUACCAGAAUUUUGAAAACGAAACUAGAAUUCUGUACCAUAAACCAAAGCAUUACUGUUGUGUGUCUAAAGCAAGAUAUCUCGACAGGAAAGAUCAGCAAGCAAUCCACCUCACUCCGUGGAAUUCCGCAAGAAUAUGAUCGACUAGAUAUAAUGCUUUGUGAACGUUUAUUGUCAUGUUCAAGAUUUAAAUAAAUAUAACGCAAAAACAUA